AUGAGCCAAUGGCAGAGUCUCACGGCCAACAUCAGCCCAGUCCAGCCAAGCAGGCGGUCCGAGGUCGAAGGUUUCGAUGCGAGAAGCAGAACCAGCAGUACGACAUCAUUUUCUCUCGGGGAGUACCAUUGGACCAUUGAGGCUUCAGCAAUUAUUCUCAGCAUCUCUUCCAUGGUAGUAAUUCUCAUUCUACUACCGGUGUAUGAGAAUGAGCCCCUGUCUUCCUGGACGCUGCCAGUGUCCUUUAACGUCAUCAUCUCUGUCCUUGGUUCUACGUCACGAGCAGCACUGGCUUUCGCCAUCAGUGCUUGCGUAAGCCAGGGAAAAUGGAAUUGGUACAGAAAGAGGAGCGAUAACGUCAUGAUAUUUGAUCGCUUUGAGGAAGCAAGUCGCGGUCCUUGGGGCAGUCUUCGCCUACUUUGGUGGACAAAAGUCAGACACUGGACAGCUCUGGGAGCUUUAUCCGCAGUUUUUCUUGUCGUGUUUGAGCCAUUCUUGCAAGCGGUCGUUACCUUUUCAGGCGAAGAACUCGUGCUUGUCGGGACUGCGAACACCACUGGUAUCGGAAGAACACAAAACUUGAGAUCUGGAUCUUGGAUUAAAACCAAUUUCAGAGGAAUUCUCAGCGAUGAGGGGUCGACUAUGGGGGCCAUUGAAUUCGACUCUGUCCGCCCGAACUACGAUUUCGACGCCCUUUCAGCCAUAUGUGAAGGCUUCUCCAAUCUGAGCACUACAGACAACCACAAGCCAGCAUUCACAUGCUCCACAGUAAAUUGCACAUGGCCAGUCUAUGCAUCUUUGGCUGUUUGCAGGGGCUGUGACGACGUUUCGAGUCAUAUAACGAGGUUCAGCGGUAAUGCGCCACUCGACAAUGACACGAUCUUCUCGACAAGCUAUGGCUUCUCGGGCCGCAGCAGUGGUCUAGCCAGCUACACUGGAUACGAGAUAAAAAGUCAGAAUCUGGAAAUGACUAAACCUAACGGCUUGAUAUCUGAAUGGCUGCCUUAUGGUGAAACACGCAGGGCGGAAUUGGCAACACAAUCAACCUGUAAUCCGGGAAAAACCGUCUCAUUUCAUCAUCUAAAAACUCUCAUUAUAUCUUUCUCCAUGUUAAAAGUAAGUCCAUCGUACCUCAACAACAGCCAAAGAUGGGAGAGCACUGCUGUCACAGCAAAGGAGUGCGCCCUAUACUUCUGCACUAAUAUAUACCGGUCAGUCGUUGAGCAAACUGUGCUCAAAGAGGCGGUUCUGGGUUCCUACUCAAACAGGAAUUUAGAUUCCUAUAACAUCGGUGCGGACCUUACGCGAAGCAGAGUCUUAAACCACGUCUUGAAUCAUUCCUUGUAUGUCGAAGACGAGGACUUGAUGGCAUCCGGAUGGGAUAGGAAAUGGCGAGGUCUGAUUUCCAGCGAAGAGAUCCCGGCUGCAACUCCGAUGUUAUGGGAUACGGAUUUACAACUUCUGAUUUCAGGCGAAGAAUACCUUGCUGCGACUGGAGUCAAUCAGAAGGGUGACUUGCGAUUCAACAUCACCCGCGAAACCACUUAUACGUUGCUGCGUUGGUUUCGGGAUGAGUUUUCACGACGCAGGAACCUGGCAACUAAACAACUGAUAUACCCCAUCCCUUAUUCCGACGUAACUCAGCCACCGGUGAUCAACGCCCUUGGCACGUCACCAAAUCUCACGAGAACAUUCGAUAACGUGGCUGCAAGCCUCACCAAAUGGAUACGCAACCGGUCACUACAAACCGAACCGUUCAUAGGUGAAAGCACGGAGUGGGUAGUUCGAAUCCGAGUCAACUGGGAGUUUUUGAUUCUGCCCAUUGGCGUACUUUUAGGAGGUUGCGUCUUCUGUGUCUUAUCAAUCUGGGAGACUCGGGAUCUUGGGUUGCCAGCAUGGCGGGGAAGCUCACUGGCGACCUUGGCGCAUGGCCUUGACAUGGACUCGAGAUCGCUAUUGAGGGAAGCCGGUGAUGGUGCAAAUAUUACGGAUCGCGCCAGAAGCCUUCGGGUUCGGUUUGUUGACUCGGAAGGGGGACCGGAACUGGCCCAUGGCCCGGAGAAGACGCGCGUGGAUUAA